AUGGCUGACCUGGUGGGACUAGACAACCUGGUGGCAAACACGGCCUACCUAAAGGCUCAGAAGAUAGAUUAUAAUGAGCUGAAAAAGAAGAGAGUCUCGCUGACGCUGCCCAAACCAAAGAAGUCGUACGCUCUCCAAGAAACAGCAGAGAAACAGUACGAGUCACUGUGUGAGCAGCAGCCUAUUGGAAGGAAGUUGUUCCAGCAGUUUCUCCAAGCUUCUAAUUCACAGUACAUGGCCGCCUCAGAGUUCUUGGAGGAGCUGAGUGUCCUGACAUUUGCUGAAGCUGAAACCAAAGAGAUGUCUAAACAGAGAGUCCUCGCCAAAUUCUGUCAGCCUGAAUCCAGGAGUUUUUUUUCCUACCUUACAGGAGAGGCCGCUGAAAAAUACAAGGAGUUAUCAGACAAGAACUUUGAUGAGUUGGUGAUGAGCAAGAUAAAAGAAGCCACACGGGACUUCUUGAAGGGUAAACCUUUCUCUGAGUACCUGAAAAGCAGCUACUUUUACAGGUUUCUGCAGUGGAAGGAGUAUGAGAAACAGAACAUCACUGACAAAUACUUUUAUGAGUUUCGGACGUUGGGAAAAGGUGGCUUUGGUGAGGUGUGUGCGGUGCAGGUGAAACACACAGGCCAGAUGUAUGCCUGCAAGAAGCUAGAUAAGAGGCAACUGAAGAAGAAAGGUGGUGAGAGGCUGGCCCUUCUGGAGAAGCAGAUCCUGGAGAAAGUCAACAAUCUUUUCAUUGUAAACCUGGCUUAUGCUUAUGACAACAAGACCCACCUGUGCCUGGUCAUGGACCUCAUGAAUGGAGGAGACCUCAGGUUCCAUAUCUAUGAUCUUGGGGAGCGGGGCAUCAGUAUGGAGCGUGUUGUUUACUACACAGCCCAGAUAACCACUGGCAUACUUCACCUGCACUCGAUGGACAUUGUGUAUCGUGACAUGAAACCUGAGAACGUACUGCUGGACAGUAAAGGCCAGUGUCGGUUGUCAGAUCUCGGAUUGGCUGUUGAGUUGCCAAAGGGAAAAAUGCUCUGCCAGAAGGCCGGUACGACAGGUUACAUGGCUCCUGAGAUUCUGAGGCAGGAGAACUACCGCAUGUCUGUGGACUGGUGGUCUCUGGGCUGCAGCAUCUAUGAGAUGGUGGCUGCCCGUUUGCCUUUUAAAGACUUCAGAGAAAAGGUGCAGAAUGAUGAGGUGACCCGCCGCACUCUGGAGGACGAGUGCAAGUUUGACCUCAAACGCUUUGAUGCUCCCACCAUAGAUAUCAUCAACCGGCUCCUGAAGAAGAAAGUGCAGUACCGCCUUGGAUGCUGCGGUGGUGACCCCCGAAACCACACAUUUUUCAACAGCAUCAGUUUCCAUUGUCUGGAGGCGGGGCUAGUGGAAGCCCCCUGGGUGCCAAAGUCCAACGUGGUCUAUGCCAAGGACGCAGACGAGUUCAAAGUCACCUCUGAGAUCAAGGACAUUGAGUUUGACGCCAAGGAUGAGAAAUUCUUCAGGGAGUUCAGCACAGGUGCAGUGUCCAUCCAGUGGCAGAAGGAGAUGAUCGACAGUGGGUUGUUUGAUGAACUGAACGACCCCAAACUGUACAACAACGAUUAUGACUCUGGUCGAGAAGUGGUUCCAUUCACGCUCGACUGUCAUGAGAUUAGAGAGUGGUUCAGAUGGAAAUCCAAGACGCAACAUGAUCAUCAUCGGCUGAGAAGGCAGAGUGGGGAGUCCACCGUGGACGAUGUGACGACAAGACAAACACGGCAGAAGGUCUCCACGAACAUGUUUUUACCAGGCGCCUACAAGCCUCUGCCAGGGUUUAGUUCCCACCGGCCCGUCACAGUUACUGCUGCCCUCUAA